GUGCGUAGAGUGCGCGCUGCGCCUCGACGUCUCCAACCAUUGGUGUCUGUGUCAUUACUAAUAGAGUCUUGUAAACACUCGUUAAUCACGGAAGGCCGCCGGCCUGGGGCUCCGCACGCCAGCCUGUGGCGGGUCUUCCCCGCCUCUGCAGCCUAGUGGGAAGGAGGUGGGAGGAAAGAAGGAAGAAAGGGAGGGAGGGAGGAGGCAGGCCAGAGGGAGGGACCGCCUCGGAGGCAGAAGAGCCGCGAGGAGCCAGCGGAGCACCGCGGGCUGGGGCGCAGCCACCCGCCGCUUCUCGAGUCCCCUCGCCCCUUUCCCUUCGUGCUCCCCGGCAGCCUCCAGCGUCGGUCCCCAGGCAGCAUGGUGAGGUCUGCUCCCGGACCCUCGCCACCAUGUACGUGAGCUACCUCCUGGACAAGGACGUGAGCAUGUACCCUAGCUCCGUGCGCCACUCUGGCGGCCUCAACCUGGCGCCGCAGAACUUCGUCAGCCCCCCGCAGUACCCGGACUACGGCGGUUACCACGUGGCGGCCGCAGCUGCAGCGGCAGCGAACUUGGACAGCGCGCAGUCCCCGGGGCCAUCCUGGCCGGCAGCGUAUGGCGCCCCACUCCGGGAGGACUGGAAUGGCUACGCGCCCGGAGGCGCCGCGGCCGCCGCCAACGCCGUGGCUCACGGCCUCAACGGUGGCUCCCCGGCCGCAGCCAUGGGCUACAGCAGCCCCGCAGACUACCAUCCGCACCACCACCCGCAUCACCACCCGCACCACCCGGCCGCCGCGCCUUCCUGCGCUUCUGGGCUGCUGCAAACGCUCAACCCCGGCCCUCCUGGGCCCGCCGCCACCGCUGCCGCCGAGCAGCUGUCUCCCGGCGGCCAGCGGCGGAACCUGUGCGAGUGGAUGCGGAAGCCGGCGCAGCAGUCCCUCGGCAGCCAAGUGAAAACCAGGACGAAAGACAAAUAUCGAGUGGUGUACACGGACCACCAGCGGCUGGAGCUGGAGAAGGAGUUUCACUACAGUCGCUACAUCACCAUCCGGAGGAAAGCCGAGCUAGCCGCCACGCUGGGGCUCUCUGAGAGGCAGGUUAAAAUCUGGUUUCAGAACCGCAGAGCAAAGGAGAGGAAAAUCAACAAGAAGAAGUUGCAGCAGCAACAGCAGCAGCAGCCACCACAGCCGCCUCCGCCGCCACCACAGCCUCCCCAGCCUCAGCCAGGUCCUCUGAGAAGUGUCCCAGAGCCCUUGAGUCCGGUGUCUUCCCUGCAAGCCUCAGUGUCUGGCUCUGUCCCUGGGGUUCUGGGGCCAACUGGGGGGGUGCUAAACCCCACCGUCACCCAGUGACCCACCGGGGUCUGCAGCGGCAGAGCAAUUCCAGGCUGAGCCAUGAGGAGCGUGGACUCUGCUAGACUCCUCAGGAGAGACCCCUCCCCUCCCACCCACAGCCAUAGACCUACAGACCUGGCUCUCAGAGGAAAAAUGGGAGCCAGGAGUAAGACAAGUGGGAUUUGGGGCCUCAAGAAAUAUACUCUCCCAGAUUUUUACUUUUUCCCAUCUGGCUUUUUCUGCCACUGAGGAGACAGAAAGCCGCCGCUGGGCUUCAUUCCGGACUGGCAGAAGCAUUGCCUGGACUGACCACACCAACCAGGCCUUCAUCCUCCUCCCCAGCUCUUCUCUUCCUAGAUCUGCAGGCUGCACCUCUGGCUAGAGCCGAGGGGAGAGAGGGACUCAAGGGAAAGGCAAGCUUGAGGCCAAGAUGGCUGCUGCCUGCUCAUGGCCCUCGGAGGUCCAGCUGGGCCUCCUGCCUCCGGGCAGGCAAGGUUUACACUGCGGAAGCCAAAGGCAGCUAAGAUAGAAAGCUGGACUGACCAAAGACUGCAGAACCCCCAGGUGGCCUGCGUCUUUUUUCUCUUCCCUUCCCAGACCAGGAAAGGCUUGGCUGGUGUAUGCACAGGGUGUGGUAUGAGGGGGUGGUUAUUGGACUCCAGGCCUGACCAGGGGGCCCGAACAGGGACUUGUUUAGAGAGCCUGUCACCAGAGCUUCUCUGGGCUGAAUGUAUGUCAGUGCUAUAAAUGCCAGAGCCAACCUGGACUUCCUGUCAUUUUCACAAUCUUGGGGCUGAUGAAGAAGGGGGUGGGGGGAGUUUGUGUUGUUGUUGCUGCUGUUUGGGUUGUUGGUCUGUGUAACAUCCAAGCCAGAGUUUUUAAAGCCUUCUGGAUCCAUGGGGGGAGAAGUGAUAUGGUGAAGGGAAGUGGGGAGUAUUUGAACACAGUUGAAUUUUUUCUAAAAAGAAAAAGAGAUAAAUGAGCUUUCCAGAUUUCAGAUUCUGUAUUUAUCUUCAGAUUUUGUCUGCAACUAUUUUUUAUUUUUUAAAGAAAUGAAAUAUCUUCUCUGCUUGCAAGCUGAUUUGGAAAAUUCAGAGAGGGAGUGGAGGUUAUCUGGACAGCCUCAUUUUACCCCAGAGCAUCAGAAGCCUGAAAGAGUAGGUUCUGAGACCUUCCCUGCCCCCAAGCCUGAGCCCAGCCUUGGAAUGCGUGGCUCUCCUGGGGGUGCCUUUGGGCAAAAUGCACAUCUGAAUGGCCAGGUGCUUCCCAGCAGUCAGAAAUUAUGGGGGGCGGGGGUGAGAGGGCCCCCUCAUAGCAUCUCACCAAAUCCACAUGGAGGCUUUUUGCAAACAGCAGGCAGUUCCCUUCUGCAGUGACUCCCUCCUAAGGACGCCCCACAACCCAGCUAGUUAAACGUGAGCAUUAAAUUUUUUUAAAAAAAAAUCCCCCUAGUUUCCCAAGACAGCAUUUCCAUGAAUUUAGUCUUCUGUAAAUCACUGGGCAUUUCCGUGAGCCCUUUCUGCCUCCACUCUCUUCUCUGUCUUUGCAGUUUCCUUAUCCCCGACCGCGCCCCCCUUCCAACCCAAUCACCCCACAAACAAGAUUUCUAGACCCAGUAUAAAAUGAUCCUUUUAGUGACAUUUCUUGUUAUCUGGCCGAUCCACAGGGGACCGGGCUGCAGCCUUUAAAAUUUUUGAUCCUGGAGGCCGCCGAGCUGAACUUUCCGGCAGGACCCAGGCGAGGGGGGCUUAGCCCUUCGUUUCGAUCUUCCCACCAACAUCCGAGAGCCUAAUCAGCGCGCCCACGGAGGCGCCUUAAGGGCAGUUGGGGAAGAUGAGCAGAGCCGGGAAACAGCAAGAGGUAUAGACCCUCUGCAGCACCUCUCCAAUUCCGCGGCCCUUCCGGGUGGCGUAUACAGCUCCAGGAUUGGGAAAGGGGCUCCGGUGGCCCGGCCCGCGGGCGCCUGGCCUCGAAGCCAGAGGGAGGAGUGCGGGGCGUGGGGUCGGGGGGUGCCGGGCAGAGGAGGAAGCCGUGUCCGGGUCCGCUGGGCGAGGGGUCCUGGGUCAGGGGUCCUGGGUCAGGGCCGGUCUGAGCCCCGGUGCACCGCAGGUCUCCCCGCGCCCCGGCCGCGCCCACAGGCCCGCCCCCUAGCCGCCGGGGUUGCUAUGCGUUGCCGUGAAACGCCUGUCAAUAAACCCUGUUUGGACAGUGGA